AUGAAAACACAAGCAAAAGUUAUAAAGCAGCAUAAAGAAUUAGAAACUAUUUGGGAUGAUCUUGAACAAAUUAAAGCUGAAAAAGUAGUUCCUAUUGAACAGCCUUCUGAGUUAACUUUACAACUUUUACCUUUUCAAAAAUAUGGCGUUGGUUGGAUGCGUAGACAAGAAAAGAUGGAAACUUUUAAUGGUGGUAUAUUAGCUGAUGAAAUGGGCAUGGGUAAAACAAUUCAAACAAUAGCCUUACUACUAACUGAUAAAAAGAAACCUAAUUUGGUUAUUGCUCCUACUGUUGCUGUUCUUCAAUGGAAAAAUGAAAUUGAAAAGCAUACUAAUAAUGCUCUUUCUGUCUUUGUCUAUCAUGGUGCUAAUAGACCAAAGGAUCCUGAGUUCCUCAAACAAUUCGAUGUGAUAUUAUCUACUUAUUCUAUUAUGGAAACAUCUUUUAGACGUCAAGAAUAUGGUGUUACCAGAAAAGGAUCAAAUAGUAUUUUUAAAGAAAAGUCUGUAUUACAUAGAAUUAAUUGGCAUCGUGUCAUUUUAGAUGAGGCACAUAAUAUUAAAGAUAGAUCAUGUAAUACUGCUAGAUCAGUGUUCCACAUUAAUAGUAGAUAUAAAUGGUCUUUAACAGGUACACCUCUUCAGAACCGUGUAGGCGAAUUGUAUUCUUUGAUUCGUUUUAUGCAAGCAGAUCCAUUUGCUUAUUAUUAUUGUAAGCAAUGUCCUUGUAAAGAACUGAAUUGGAAAUUCUCUAAUAAACGAACUUGUGAUUCAUGUGGCCAUACUCCUAUGAAUCAUGUUUGUUGGUGGAAUAAUGAAGUACUUAAACCAAUUCAAAGUCAAGGAUAUUUAGGCGAUGGUCGUAUAGCGCUUAAAAAGUUAAAUUUAUUAUUAGAUAGGAUUAUGUUAAGAAGAACAAAAAUAGAGUGUGCUGAUGAUCUUGGCUUACCACCUCGAUCUGUUAUCAUUCGACGUGAUCUCUUUAGUGAAGAAGAAGAAGAUGUGUAUACUUCUUUAUAUUCUGAUGUAGCUCGUACUUUCACCACUUAUGUAGAACAAGGCACUGUAUUGAACAAUUAUGCUAAUAUUUUUGAAUUAUUAAUGAAAAUGCGUCAAUGUGCGGAUCAUCCUGAUCUUGUCACAAAGAAAUCAUCAGAUAAUAAGCAAUUAGUGUGUAUGCUAUGUAGCGAUCCUCCAGAGGAUGCAGUUAGAGCAAAUUGUAAACAUGUCUUUUGUAGAGAAUGCUGUAUUCAGUAUUUAAAUAGUUUUGAUGACCAUGAAACAAGUGAACGACCACGUUGUCCUUCUUGUUUUGCUGAUUUUUAUGUUGAUCUCUCUCAACCUACUAUCGAGAUUGAAGGUGAUAAUAUGGGUGAAAAUGCCAACUACUCUAAAUCAAGUAUUGUUAAUCGUAUUAAUAUGGAUAAAUGGAGAAGUUCUACAAAGAUUGAAGCUCUCUUUGAGGAACUUUCUAAUUUGAGACGUGAAGAUAAGACAAUCAAAAGUAUCGUAUUCUCUCAAUUUGUUAAUUUCUUGGAUCUUGUAUAUUGGAGACUGUCUCGUGCAGGUUUUGAAUGUAUUCGAUUAGAUGGCACAAUGACUCCUGAUCAAAGAGAUGCUGCUAUUCAACGAUUUAUGACAAAGCCAACUGUUACCGUCUUUCUUAUUAGUCUUAAAGCAGGUGGUGUUGCUUUAAAUUUAACCGAAGCUAGUCGUGUAUUUAUUUGUGAUCCUUGGUGGAAUCCUGCCAUGGAUCGUAUUCAUAGACUUGGUCAACAUAGACCCAUUCGAAUUACAAGAUUAAUCAUUGAAAAUAGUAUUGAAAGUCGUAUUGUUCAAUUACAAGAAAAGAAACAAGCUUUAGUUGAUAGCACUGUUGGUAAAGAUUCAAAGGCUCUUGAUAAAUUAACGGUAGAGGAUUUAAGAUUCCUUUUUGUAAUGUAA